CUGCGCCUUUAAGAACUCCUGUGAUUCAUAAAGUUGUAGUCUUAUUCGCUCGUGGCGGACGGAAAACUCGCUGACAUCAGCAGUCUUCAGGCUGGAAGGACUAUAAGACACUGUCAACCUGAAACCGUCUCGACAACUGGAUCCUGUUUUCACACUCCGCGGAGACUGAAGUCACGGGUUCGUUCGCGAGACGCCCGUUUCCUGCUCGCCGCGCUUCCCACGGAGUCCUCGCUUGAAGCGCUCGACGUUCAACAUGAGUUGUUUGGAGGAGAUCCGGCAGCGUUUGGCCUCGGCCGGACAGACUCAUGUCCUGCAGUUUUGGCCAGAAUUGUCUGAGGAGGAGAGAGACGCCUUCCUGAACGAGCUGUCUCAGUUAGACCUGGCCGGACUGAAGGCUCAUUGCGAGGGGGCCGCGAGGGCAGCAGAGUCCUCGGCUGACCGCCUGGAUCAGCACAUGCAACCGGUGCCUCCUGAGUUCAUCGGCAGCGUGAAGAAAAGCGACGCCGAUUCCUUGACUGAGUGGGAGAAUGAAGGACUGUUGCAAAUCUCACAGAACCAUGUUGGGGUUCUGCUGCUGGCCGGCGGUCAGGGCACACGACUCGGGGUCCAGUACCCCAAAGGCAUGUAUAAAGUUGGGCUGCCAAGUGGCAAAACCUUGUACCAGAUCCAGGCCGAGCGGAUUCAGCAAAUCCAACGUGUGGUGGACGAGAAGCUCGGGUCCAAGUGCACCGUCCCAUGGUACAUCAUGACCAGCGACUUCACGCUGGCCCCAACUAAGAACUUCUUUAAAGAAAACAACUAUUUUGGUCUGAACCCGUCCAACGUGAUCAUGUUUGAGCAGAGGAUGAUCCCGACGGUGUCUUUUGAUGGGAAGCUCAUUCUGCAGAACAAGGGGAAGCUGGCCAUGGCUCCAGAUGGUAACGGUGGUCUGUACCGGGCAAUGGUGGAUAACAAAGUGCUUGAGGACAUGAAGAGAAGAGGAGUGGAGUUCCUGCAUGUGUACUGUGUCGACAACAUCCUGGUCAAGAUGGCCGACCCGGUGUUUAUCGGGUUUUGUGUUAGUAAAGGAGCAGACUGCGGUGCCAAGGUAGUGGAGAAGGCAUACGCCACCGAGCCUGUGGGUGUGGUGUGUCGGGUGAAAGGUGUGCCCCAGGUGGUGGAGUACAGCGAGAUCCUGGAGACCACCGCCCAACUCUGUGGUCCAGGAGGGGAGCUGGUCUACAGUGCUGGAAACAUCUGCAUUCAUUUCUUCACCAGAGCUUUUCUGGAGGAUGUGGCAGAGAACUACGAAAGUAAACUGACCCCACAUGUUGCCAAAAAGAAGAUUCCAUUCGUGGAUGAGCAUGGUAACCUGGUCAAACCUACCAAGCCAAAUGGCAUAAAGAUGGAAAAGUUUGUGUUUGACGUCUUUCCAUUCUCAAGGAACCUGGUGGUGUUCGAAGUCACGAGGGAGGACGAGUUUUCCCCCUUGAAAAAUGCUGACGGUGCAGCCACAGACAGUCCAACCACGGCCAGGAACUCUCUGCUGAAUCAACACUGUCGCUGGGCCGCCGCUGCCGGAGCAACUAUCCUGGACCAACAGGGGAACGUCCUCCUGAAUCCUGCCAGUGGGAUCACUGCUGACAAGCCUCCUGCGCUAUUUGAGAUUUCGCCGCUAGUCUCUUACUUUGGAGAGGGUUUGGAGCUGCUGAAAGGCAAGACACUACAAACACCUUUGGUGCUGGAAGAAGAAGAAGCCAAAGUACUUCAAGCUCAGUGAUGUUCUAAAUUUACCGGCAAAAGAUUAAUUGUCUACAGUGUAGUAGAGACAUGGUGUCAAACUGCAGUUAAUGUGAUAUCAUUGCCUUCAAGAGUAAGGGAUUUUCAUAUGUAGUGAAAGCCUGGCUUUUGGGUCUUUACUUGUGCCAGCUGUAAUACAUUUCCAAGGUUGACUAUUGUGGUGGGGCACUGACAAAGUCAAGGUCAAGGGUUGGAACACAGAUGGAUGCAAAACAAUCUGACCUCUGACCUCUUCAUUCUGUGACUGACGAGGCAACGUUUCACUUUUAUUAGCAUUUACUCUAAAAUAUUUGCGCAUUUAAAUGAAAGCCAUUAAAAGUGCACUUAAAGGGGCCGCAGCAUUUCCAUUUUAGAACCUUUAAUAAACAUUAACCUGUUUACUUGCAAGACAAAUGGCAGUUGAUUUUGAUAGAUCAUCACCAUCCAAUUGUUUUGAUGAGUUCCGCAGGUUUUUAUUCUUAUUAGACAAUUUCAUUAAUUGUCUGCAGACUGUGAAGCGAUACAAUUGUGUAUUGUGGGGGGAAAAUACUACCCCUUUAAAUAAUGCCAUGGCAUUUCUGUAGUUCGUAUUCAUGUGAACAGUGAUAUGUCAUGAGAAUUCAGGACAAACGUUGCUUCUCUACAUGUCAUGUUUAGUGUUUUUUUUUUUUU